AUGGCUCCCAAGAAGGUCCUCGUUGUUCUCACCUCCCACGACAAGAUUGACGCCAUUGACCGAUCCUCUGGCUGGUACUUGCCCGAGUUCGCCCAUCCUUACCAUGUCCUCUCCGGCAAGAACGUCGAGAUCACCGUCGUCUCUCCCAAGGGCGGCGUCGCCCCUCUCGAUCCCGCCUCCAUCGAGCUCACCAAGGAGGACCCCAUCUCCGUCGGCUUCCUCAACAACAACAAGCCCCUGUGGGAGAACACCCUGCCCCUGAAGCAGUUCGCCGGCCGCUCUGGCGAGUUCGACGCCAUCUUCUACCCCGGCGGCCACGGCCCCAUGUUCGACCUCGUCGACGACGCCGACUCCAUCGCCCUGAUUGAGGAGUUUUACAAGGCUGGCAAGAUUGUCUCCGCCGUCUGCCACGGCACCAUCGCCCUCGUCAACGCAAAGGCCAACGGCGAGUAUCUCCUCAAGGGCAAGGAGGUCACCGGCUUCACCAACGCCGAGGAGGAGGCCGUCCAGCUGACUAGCGCCAUGCCCUUCCUCGUCGAGGACCGCGUCAAUGCCGUCGGCGGAAAGUUUGUCCAGACGGCCGUCUUUGGCAACAAGGUUGUUGUUGAUGGCACCCUCAUCACUGGUCAGAACCCGACUUCUGCGUCGGACCUCGGCGAGGCUCUUGCCAAGGCCAUUGGUGCUUAA